AUGCCCGACCCAACCCCCCAAACCCUAAACAUCAUUCCCGCCUCCGCCUCAGCCCUAGCAAAGGCAAUCCUCGCCUCACACGGCGUCCCCGAAGACCGCGCCACUCUAAUCGCCUCAGCCCUCAUCCUCGCCGACCUGCGCGGCGUGGACACCCACGGCAUCAACCGACUCCCCGGAUACAUCGCGCGCCUACAAGCAGGGGUUGUCGACCCCGCCCCGGAGCUAACCUUCACCCCCAAAACCCCCACCAUGGCUCUUUUGGAUGCUAAAAACACCUUCGGCUUCGUAGCCGGCAAUCUCGCAAUCGACAAAUGCAUCGAGAUGGCCCAGACAUACGGAAUGGGGAUGGUGGCGGUUCGAAACAGCAACCACUACGGCAUGGGAGCGACGUACGUACUCCGGGCGAUCCAGCAGGGCCUUGCCUGUUUUGCGUACACGAAUGCAAGCCGGGCAAUGCCGCCGUGGGGCGGGGCGGAGGCGUUGCUGGGGACGUCGCCAUUCGCAGUAGGCGUGCCGGGUGGGAAGAAGGGGGAUUUCGUGCUGGAUAUGUCGCCUUGUGUGGCGGCGAGGGGGAAGAUGAGGAAGGCUGCGAGACGAGAGGAGUCGAUCCCCGAGGCGUAUGCGCUUGAUGCGCAGGGGCGGCCGACGACGGAUCCUGUGGCGGCGUUGGAUGGGGGUGUGGUUUUGCCGAUUGGGGGGCCGAAGGGGAGUGGGUUGGCGAUGAUGAUGGAUAUAUUUGCCGGGGUGAUGAGCGGGUCGGCGUUUGCGGGGGGCGUGAAUGACCAGUAUACCGAGAUGAGUCGGCCGCAGGGUGUUGGGCAUUGGUUUUUGGUGUUUCGGCCGGAUGUGUUUCUGGAUGGUGGGGUGGAGGAGCUUAAGGAGAGAAUGGAUACGUUAUUGACGACUGUGAGGGGCGUUAAGAAGGCUGAGGGGUUUGAGAGAAUCUAUAUUAGUGGGGAGAUGGAGGCUGAAAUUGAGGCGAAGAGGAGGAAGGAGGGCAUUCCGUUUACAAAAGCCGAAGUUGAUACGCUGCAUUAUUUGGCAAUGCAGUCGGGAGUACAGCUUAAGAUGCAGGAAGCGACUAAUACUCUUUGA